CUGCACUGUAAGUGAUUUCAUGUGGACUUUGAUGACGCAAGAGUAAAAGUCUCUCCAUUCUCUAAAAUGGAAGAUACAUUUUCUUAUUUCUAUUAAAAAGAUUGCACAUAUUUCAGGAUUCCUGACUGAAUUAUCGCAUUAAUCAUGUUCGAGGCUGUUUACCCAGCAUCCACCGAUGUUGGGCGCACUAAUAAAUAAAUAAGUCGCGAGACCGAGACUGCUGAUGUCAGGAGCUUCAGUGCUGCAUUUACUGCUGCAGGGUGGACGGAUUCACACAUGCAACAUGCAGACCGUCGUGAUCAUAUCGGCGCUGGUGUUAUGCCUGGCAUCUUCAGGGAACGCGGGGAAAAAGGUGUUUAAAUGCCCUUCCUCGUGCAGCUGCUCCAAGGAGUCUAUUAUCUGCGUCGGGUCUUCGUAUGUCUUGCGAUUCAUUCCCAACGAUGUCAGUUCACUGAGUAUUGUGAAUGGGACCUUCUCUGAGAUCAAGGAGGCGAUGUUCUCACACAUGCCAUCUUUACAGUUACUGUUGCUGAACUCCAAUGCUCUCACUACAAUACGGGACGAUGCAUUUUCUGGCCUUCCGCACCUGGAGUACCUGUUUAUAGAAAACAACAAGAUUGAAACAACAUCAAAAUACUCUUUCAGAGGACUUAGGGAUUUGACUCAUCUGUCUUUGGCAAACAACAACAUUAAAGCUUUGCCCAGAGAUCUAUUCACUGAUCUGGACUCACUGAUAGAGCUAGACCUGAGGGGCAAUGUGUUUGAGUGUGACUGCCGAGCGAAGUGGCUGAUGAUGUGGUUAAAGAGCACGAACGCCACUGUAUCAGACGUCCUCUGCGCCGGUCCCGAGGAGAUGAAGGGGAAACGGCUCAAUGACAUGACGAGCUUACAUAACGAAUGCGUCUCUACAGGAAAACCUUCAUUGGAGACUGGAGGACUGCAGCUCAGUUCCACUGCCACACUGCAAGCCCCGGUCUCUCUGUCUCUGUCUUUCUGUUUCGCCUCUUAA